AUGGCCAGCGCUGAAGAAGCCCCCUCCACCAGCGGUGCCCCCUCGCUCCCCGAGCUCGACAUACCAAAGCUGCACUCUCUCCCUUCCGAGCAGCAGGACCUAUACCUCCUCACGUUCACCGCAGACUUAGCCAGACAUGUUGCUGCAUUGGACGCAGAUGGAGCUUCAGCAUACCAGAUACUCGUCAAGAAACAGUUAUUCCAGAUAAUCAACCUUUCCUCCCCAGCACCAACCCGAGUGGUCCGCAACAAUCUCGGCCGGACCUUCGCUGGUAUUUUUGGCAAAGGUGACAGGAAGUUGCUGUUCGAGUCGAUCAAUGAACUGGUGGGCAUUCUAAAUAGCGGCGCAAAGAGCGAGAAGGAUAUCAAAGCCAAGCACGCCGCUAUACACUGCCUAGGCGCUGUCUUUGAAGCAGCCGGCGAUAGCGCCAUCAGCUUGGCAAACGUCUCGUCCACCUCAUGUCUCAAGCUGCUGAAGUUGAGCCAGAAUCAUGCUGGCUUCCGCGCUGCUAUAUUCAGAGCACUCGGUCGGAUCAUCAAGGGGGUUAACGCUAGUGCCGACGAGCAAGCAGUAAGGGAUAUCUCGAAACAAGCAAGAUCGGCUGCGUCGAAUGACAAGGCAAAUCUGGUUCAGUCGAGCGCCUGCUGGUGCUUAGAGCAGAUUGUACGGCACACGGCAUUUUACGACAACUCGAACGACUUCGAGAAGCUACAGAAUGUCGUCUGGAAGGCCAUUGACAGCUCGUCUACCUCUGUCAGACACGCUUCCGCUUCGUGCCUUGCCGCUGCUCUUGUUAAGGCUUACUCCGAAUCACCCGACAGAGGAGCACUGCCCAAGUUUAAGAGACCGAAAAAAUCACUCAAAAAGCAAGGCGCGGCUGACGACGAGGAUGAGGCUGCUGAGAGACCCGGUUCGCCUGCACUGUCUAGGCCGGCUACUCAACUCGGUUUCACCCUUAUUGAACUCCUGAGGCAGCUGUCAGGCCAUUAUUGCCGUUCUUCCACAAGUAACCGUGCUCGAGCAGGUAUUGCCGUCUGUUACGUCAAGAUACUCAAAGGCCUUGAUGAAGCCGUUGUCGAGGCGAAGUACGAUGAUAUUGUACGUCAUCUGUUAAAUGAUCUUCUGAGCUCUCCAAGCAUCAUUCACAACCGGUAUCGGCUGCUCACCACGCGUAAAUACCUCCGCAUCAUCCUUGAGGAUGUGGUUGGCAAAAAGAUUCUUGGCGAAGCGGGACAGCUCAGUGCCUCCAAACAUUUGGUUAACGACGUCGUCAAAAACUAUCCGCAAACACUUAAAGAAAGGCCCGAGCCGACGAAGCAAGCGCUUACAGGCGCCCUGAGUGCACUCACAUCCCUACUCAAUACUCUGGGAUCCGCCACAAGCAGUAUUGCAGAGACCUGUCGGGAAGGCUUACUGCAGGUUCUUCAGCAUCCUAGCUACACAGUGCAGGUACACGCAUCAGCCUGCCUGCGGGCUUUCGUACUUGCUUGCCCUCAGCAGCUACUGCCCACCAUCACGAUCUGCAUGAACAGCGUUGGCCGGGAGCUUGGCCAGUUGGCGGGCGGACGUCAGUCUUCAAGAAAGUGCGUCGGAUUUGCCAAUGGUCUAUCUGCAGUUUUGAGCACCUCCACUGUCCAGCCAUUAUACGGAUCUGUAGAUGUCUACUCGCGUGUUCUGUCGCAAGCAACGACACUGCUUAAGUCUAGUGGAGGCUCGGAUCUGCGAGUCUCAAGCACCCAGAUACAGGUAGCCUGGAUCCUUAUUGGAGGGCUUAUGAGUCUCGGACCAAACUUUGUCAAGAUACAUCUUUCCCAGCUUCUGCUGCUCUGGAAGAACGCUUUACCGAAGCCUUUAAAUAAGGACAACAUGGUCCAGAGGAACAUGCUGGAGCUCAGCUUCCUCGCUCAUGUCAGAGAAUGUGCUCUUGGAGCCAUCCUCGCGUUCCUCGGGUCGAACAGCAGGCUGCUCACUACUGACGUUACGAAGCGUCUAGCUGCCAUGCUUCAGAAUACCUCGGUAUUCCUCAACAGCUUGCCAACCAAAAAGACUACCGAAGAGCUCCAACAACGACUCUCACCAGCUUUGCAGCUUCACGAUUUUGAUCUCAUGGUCCGCCGGAGAGUCUUGCAAUGCUAUACCAAACUCAUCAACCUGAGUCCACUAGGAAGUGUAGAAACUCUGUUGCAGACCAACUUGCUUCCUCUCGCUGUUGCCGCAUUUGCCGACCCCGAGAAUCAUGUCCCAAGCUCUCUCAGUACUACUAUAGCCAGCUCAGCAGGCACAAUUGAGACAGUCUGGGAAGCUGGUGACAAUAGCGGGUUCGGCGUUACAGGGUUGAUCAAGGGCUUUGAUACCGGUCCCCAUUUAGGUGAGCAUGGCACUAACGUUCCGAGACACUGGACUACUAGAGGCAGUCCAGAAGCGGCCAUUGACCGAACGCUUCUAUCGCCUGUGUGCGGCGCACGAGAGCAUGACUCCAUAUCUUUGUACCUUAGCCAGACCGACAAAUCGAGCGAAUUUUCUGAUCCUCCUGCAACUGAGGUCGUGAAUGCUGCCAUCACUCUUUUCGCCGUCUCGCUGCCCUUGCAGACUCCCAAGGUACAAGAGAGCAUCUUAGAGCAGAUCUCCUCGUUCCUCUCUGCCAGUAGUCUUCAGCGAGACCAGCUGAGAAAGACCGCGAUGAUAGUCAAUAUCACUACAGCUCUUCUUGCCACGCUCAAAGUAGCAGCCAAAGAGGCACCCGUAGCACCUGGAGACAUCAGAAGCCCAGCCGUCGAAAAGGCGAUGCAGGAGCUCUUGCACGCUGUCAUCACGCAUCCAGAUCAAUAUAUCCGGCACCUAGCAGCGGAAGCACUCGGCCGUCUCUGCAGCAUCUCCGGCAAUAACUUCACAACGAUCGAAGUCAAUUACUGUGUAGAUCAGAUCGUUGCAAAUCGAGAGCCAAAUGCACGCGCAGGCUAUGCACUUACACUUGGCUGCAUUCAUUCACAACUCGGCGGUAUGGCAGCUGGCUACCAUCUCAAGAACAUACUCGGCAUACUUAUGUCUCUUGCCAACGACCCGCAUCCGACAGUCCACUUCUGGGCCCUCGAUAGCUUAGCCAGAGUAGCUGACUCUGCCGGCCUGUCUUACUCUAGCUUCGUCACCAGCACUCUUGGCAUGAUGGCGCAACUCUACACGGUUGACUCCCAUAACGAGGAAGGUAGCUCGUUAGCAUCGUCCAAUUUCGAGACCGAGCUUGCGUCGCCUGUUCUCAUCGCGCGAUGCAUCGACAGUGUCAUCAACGUACUUGGGCCUGAUCUCCAGGAUAUGUCGAAGGCAAGAGAUCUCAUCAUGACUUUAAUCAGCCAAUUCGGUGCCGAGGAAGACGAGCUUAUGCUUAUUGAGAGCUUACGAUGCCAAGAACACAUGUCUCUGUAUGCACCUGGCCACAUGGUUUUCGCAGACUAUGUCAAACGCCUGCAGAAGGACCUCGACUCCGGGUCGGAUCAAAUCAGAGACAUGGCCCUGGAAGGCCUGCAUAAUCUGAUGAGACGAGACGCCGAAGAAAUAUUUCGAACGGCAGAGCCAGGCCUUGAGAACCAGCUGUGGUUGCUGCUCAAUAACUUGCCGGGUCACGAAGUUAUCUGUAACAUCAUGCGCAACUGGCUCGAGCAGACUGGCCUGGCUAGCACCACCGCGUGGGUACAGCGGUGCCAAACUGUGCUAACGCGGACAGUUCAAAGGCCCGGUCAGUCGCAACAAACGGUCGAGGCAAAGCCAGCCGGUCCAGACUUGCAAGAUGAAGAAGUUGCCGGCUUCGCUGCUGCAUCGGGCAGUGCAGCUGAGGAUCCAGCGACACGGACAUCGAGUCAGGAACUGCUCAAGUGGCAAGUGAGGGCUUUCGCCUUGGACCUGCUUAGUGAGCUGCUCGCCACGGUCAGUAGGGAUUCUGCUGCGCGUGACUCCUCGUCAGCGGAGCUGGCACUUCAGCAAAGAGUUGCGGAUGUCGUGCGAAUCGCGUUCUCGGCGUCGACUGCUGGUGUUGUUGAGCUCAGAAUUAGGGGUUUGCGCAUCAUUGAUCAAGUUCUCAAGCUUUUCGGCAAGACUCCCGACCCUGACUUCGCAGAGGCCUCCCUGCUGGAACAGUAUCAAGCUCAGAUUGGCUCGGCACUCACUCCAGCCUUCGCAGCUGAUUCAUCGCCGGAGCUGGCGGCCGAGGCGAUCAACGUCUGUGCCACCUUCAUCGCAACGAGCAUUGUCACAGACGUGGACCGUAUGGGCCGCAUCCUCAAGCUGCUAGUAUCCGCGUUGGUGAACUUCUCGAGUAAUACGGAGACCGCUGCCAUUGGUGACCUCAAAGGCCUCAGCUCGAACGCGCAAGUAAUGGUCAAGAUGUCGGUAUACUCCGCGUGGGCAGAGCUUCAGAUAGCCAGCACUGAGCAGAAAUAUCUUGUCGACGUCUUGAAGCCUUACAUUGCGAGGCUGACUCCGCUGUGGCUGUCGUCAUUGCGAGAAUACGCGCGGCUGAGGUUUGAACCGGAUAUCUCGAUGACUUCUGGGCCUGCGUCGCUGUCUGGUAGCCUAGACACUGUAUACGCGGCACUGAACCGGGAGACUUUGCUCAAGGCAUGUCCCUUCUACCAGGACUCAUGGCUCAAACUCGUGGACGCCAUCGCCAGCUUGAUAGAUGAAGACAGCGGAUUCGUCUUCGACGCUCUGGACGGUAGAACAGAGGCCGACGAAAUGAGUAUACCCAACAGUAAAGCCAGCGAUAUCAACUACCGCGACGAACCAGCAGCGUUCUUCUUCGUGCUCUUUGGGCUUGCGUUCGAAGCGCUGGUUGGCCGACCGAGCGAUACUCAAGCCAGCAGAGAGCAGACCUUGGAGAUCUUGCAGGCGCUCAAGAAGAUCCUGCGGCCCUCCGUUUCGGGACACGCGAUCUACCAGGAGGUUGUCUUCUCGGAGACGAUGGACAUGCUCGACAGGCUCAUCUUGACCGAGGGCCUGAAUAUACAGGCUGUGAUAGUUGAAAUAGCAAGGAAUUUGUGCUUGAGCCAUCCCUCGGCGAAGACGGAUAUAGGCACCGCGGUUGCCGAAGAGAAGCUAUCCGAGGACAUAGACCAGCUGUUCGAGCUGACCCGUAUCAUCGUCCUUGUGCUCGCCGGCCUCGUUCCCAACCUGACCGAAAACAAACCACAAGCCCGCCACCCCCUCAACAACGAAGCAACAACCCUCCUCACAACCUCCCUCUCCGCCCUCGUCGACGCCGCCGCCGUGUUCCCCGCAAUAAUCAAGACCGACCUGCACGCCUGCAUCCUGCAUAUCUUCGCCUCCAUCCUCGGUAACCCCACCGCCCAAGCAGCCGUCGUCCCACAAUCCCUCCCAAUCCUCAGACGCUUCGUCUCCAGCAUCGUGGCCCAGCAGCCCACCUCCCAGAAGUCAGGGACCACGACCCAACUCCGCGGCGCGCUAGCUCGCUUCCUAUCAAUCUUGAAGACAGGACAGAGGCGGGAGAUGGAGGCAGCGGUGGCGUGCGAGAAAAACACCAUCCUUGCAACCACUAUCCUCAUCAGCUCCGCAGCGCUAGUCUUCGACCCUGCAGACCCGCUCCUCAGGCGCGCGAUCACAGAGCUGGCUGACUGUCUCGAGAACAGCCUCACCAGCAAAGUGGCCGCUGGGUGUUGCCGCUCGCUCCUCCUGCUGCCACCCAGCCGCGGAGCCGCUAAGUUGGCGAUAUCCGCGCUGCUCCUCCCUCGCGUCGUCGGGUUUCUGACGCAGCAGCCGCCUGAGGGGGAAGGUGAGAGCCUAGCCGAGAGCCGAACCAUCCUCUCCACGGCGCUGGUCUCGUUCGUCGCGUCCCUCGAAGCCAAGAAAAUCCCCACGGCGAUGGCGCUCGUGCUGCCGACCCUGUUGGGCAGAGCAGCGAGGGAGGGCGAGGACCUUUAUCCCGAGAUGGCGGCACGGUUGCUGCAGCUUGCGGGCGUGGAGCAAGGGGUGUUUAGGGAGGUUGUGGGGAGGUUGGAACAGGGGCAGAGGGGGUUUAUGGAGGAGGUGCUUAAGAGUGGGGCUAAGGCGGGUGGACAGAAGCGAGGUGGGGGUGUGGGGAUGUUGAGGGGGGAGGAGGGGAGGGAACCGAGUAUCGCGCUGAAAAUGGAUUUUGGGGGGCUGUGA